UUAGAAAAUUUCUUUUCAUUGGUUCCCCUCUUCCUCUGUCAUCAUUUUCUGACCACCCAAUAAACCAUUUUACACCGUAUAUAUUAUAUUAUAUUAUAUUAUAUUAUAUAUAUAUAUAUAUGUAUAAUCCAUAUUUCAAAACCGACGUAAAAUCUUGAUUUUGCAAAACGAUACUGUCUAAAUCAUGCUCUUAUUAGUUUGCCACCUUAUGGGUUGGUGCUAAAAUUUGUUCAUUGUUUCUGUUUUUCUUCUCCCAUUGCCAUUUCCAAGUAUCUUCUGCAUAUAUACCAUGGUUUUUUGUUUUUUUGUUUUUUGGACCUUUUAGCUAGAACAAAAAUGAAAAAUCUUCUCAUCUCCAUAUAAUUUUUUUGUUAGUGCUCUUGUUUUCUUGAUUAGCUGUUAAUGAAUUGGAGAUUUUUGUAUUUGAUUUUUCUUCCUCGUUUGUCAUUAUCACUGCCCGUCUAUUCCUCACCACAAAAUUAAGCACCAAAAAGCCACACUACUACUAAAUCUUGGUUUUUCUGAUAAUAUUCCACCUAUAAUCUGGAUAUUUUGCUUGUUAUCUAUUUGGGUUUUUGCUUGAAUAAGUCUAGUCUUUCAUGCUUUUUUGUGUUUGUCUUCCCCUUAUUGCAUUUUCAAGUGUUUUGCUUUGUCAUGGACGCUUUAGUUGACUCCGAGAGACGGUGAAUCCUAUGGUUUUUCUUUGUUCUUGGUGCGAUAAGUAUUAUGGGAAUCUGGAUUUGGGGAUAAUCCGUAUGUAUUAAUAUAUUCCUAGUUGGAAGAGUGUUUUAUAUAUAUAUAUAUAUAUUAGAGUUUGAUCUCCUUGGAUGGUAGAGUCGUGGUCAGUCUGAGGUAGUUAAAGAUUUGGAUAGUUUUGUCUAUGGAGAUGAAAUUUUUUAAUCCUAAAUCCGUGUCUCCUUCUGAGAUAGUCCAUAUGGGAAGAAUGUACUCGAGCUCAUUUUCGAGUUUCAGACAUUUUGGUGUGAAACUCUCUCCGCAGUUCUGUUCUUGCAAAGGGUCAGCUCCCAAAGUUUCUUAUUCUAAUAAUAUCUAUCUGUCAAAAGAAGCCAUUGAUGGAGGGGAUAUAGUUGCAGCAGAAACUUGUGUAUAUCGGAUUAAUGGCACAACUGGGGCAAGUUCAAAUCUGUUAUCGAGGGAGACGAGAGUACUUGAUGCGGUUGAUGAUCAGUAUGGGGGAGUUGUUGUUGAUCCUGAAAAGUUACCAGCAAACCCAAGUGCUUUUGGUCAUAUUCUUCAUUACUCUCUCUCUCAUUGGAAAAAGAAGGGGAAGAAAGGAAUUUGGCUAAAGUUGCCAGUAGAAAGAUCUGACCUUGUCCCAGCUGCUGUGAAGGAAGGCUUUGAAUACCACCACGCAGAACGAGGAUAUGUGAUGUUAACAUAUUGGAUUCCUGAAGGUCCUUGUAUGCUACCUGCCAAUGCUUCACACCAAGUAGGUGUUGGAGGAUUCGUCAUCAAUGACAAAUAUGAGGUACUUGUGGUUCAAGAGAAACAUUGUGCUCCUCCAUCAGCUGGUCUUUGGAAAAUUCCAACUGGAUUUAUUCUUGAGGCAGAGGAAAUUUUCACAGGAGCAGUGAGAGAAGUCAAGGAGGAAACUGGAAUUGAUACAGAGUUUGUCGAAGUAAUAGCAUUCAGGCAUGCUCACAAUGUGGCUUUCCAAAAGUCUGAUUUGUUCUUCAUCUGCAUGCUAAGACCCCUAUCAUCUCAGAUCAUUGUUGAUGAUUUUGAAAUUCACGCAGCCAAGUGGAUGCCUCUAGUUGAGUUUGUGAAGCAACCUCUUAUACAAGAAGACUGCAUGUUCAAGAAAAUAAUUGACAUUUGCAUUGCUCGGCUAGGGAAGCGUUAUUGUGGGUUAUCUGCUCAUCAUCUGGUCUCGAAAUUUGAUGGUAAGCCAUCAUCCUUGUACUACAAUGUUACAGAAGAUCCUAAUUUCAACUGUAUAGGUGACUGAAGCGCACAGCUAUGACCAUGCACAUAUCUUCCAUGAAAUGCAUUUCUUGCUCCUUUGUAAAGACCAAAUGAUGCUAUGCAGCCUUAAAACCCCGGCCAUACUAUCUUUAACAAAUAAUUAACAUGUAAUUUACAAUGAUCUUUGUGCUGUAAAUAUGCCUCCUGUAAAAGCUGUUAUGUGCGUUUAUGUCAUCCUUGCGCGCUGUUGUAUAUUUGCCUGGUAUGAUUAUGCAAUGUUGUUUCCUACCAUGACCAUUACAUUUUCAGUGUUGCUAAAGAUGUUUUUACUGAACCUCUUUGAACAGUAAUUACAAGUUUAUUAAAUUUUUCUAUGUA